UUUAGGACACUCUCCCCUCCACUAUGACGGUUUGAAGAAAGAGAACACAGGCCACAACAAAGCCGGCUUUGGUAUAUCCUUCAGGUAUCUUCCUCUUUUUAUACCUCUAUUCCUCUUCAUCUUCUUCUAUGCUUCGCCAUUUUCCUUCACUCUCUCAACAAUGGCGAGGUCACCUCCAAUACUUCAUCACAACAACAAUUACUUGCUUUUCUCCUUUGCCUCCAAAAACUCCAACCACUCUCACUUCCAUUACUCUCUUCGCCACACGAAGCCUCUGCUGCUUUCUUUAUCAUCUUCCUCUUCGUUUUCUUCUUCGUCGUCUUCAUCGUAUUCUCAUAUCACUCGCGUCACCACCGCGCCGUUGGAAUACGCGCUGACGCCUCCGGACUUCGAUUUCCACCGUGAAAUUUCGCGGCUCAAAGCUCUUCGUUCCAGACUGUCUGAUUCUAAAUCCCUGGAAGAGAAGGUCAUGGUGAUUGACAGAGACAAGAGAGUUAAGAGCUUCUUCAAUUCAAGGAGAUAUGGAUUCUCUAGGGCUCUGGCUUCGUUGAAUUUGAGUGAAUACGAGCUGUUCUUGUUGAAGUGCUUGGUUGCGGCUGGGCAAGAGCAUGUUCUCAGUUUCGGAUGUGAAUUUGUGGACAGCGAAGUGGAAUCGGUUAGGAGUUCGGUGAAGAGUGCGUUGUAUGCGUUGGUGGAGAUGAUAGAGAAAUUGGACGUCAAUGGCGGUGGUGGUGGUGGUCAGAGUUUGGAGACUAAUAUUGGUUUCGCUUUGAAUGAUGAAGACAUUAGCGACUUGAGGAAACUGUUGAAAAUUUUGGGAGAGGUUGAACGGUUCUAUGACUGCAUUGGAGGCAUUAUAGGAUAUCAGAUAACAGUUCUGGAGCUUCUUACCCAGGCAAUAUCUGAAAGGUGGACAACAAACCGGUCCAAACAUGUAAAUGAAAUAAUGGAAUGCCAAUUUUUGGAAAUUCAUGCUCCCAGUGGACUUAAUCUUUCUCAAAACACGCAAUAUGCAUUACAAGCUGCAUUAUGGGGAAUUGAGGGUUUGCCAAACCUAGGUGAAAUUUAUCCUUUAGGAGGCUCUGCAGACAGGCUUGGUUUAGUUGAUCCUGACACAGGCGAAUGUCUUCCUGCUGCAAUGCUUCCUUAUUGUGGACGGACCUUAUUGGAAGGUCUUAUAAGAGAUCUUCAGGCUAGAGAGUUUUUGUACUUCAAGUUGUAUGGAAAACAAUGCAUCACCCCUGUUGCAAUCAUGACUAGCUCUGCAAAGAACAACCAUGAACGCAUUACUUCUCUUUGUGAAAGACUUGGAUGGUUUGGAAGAGGUCGAUCAAGUUUCCAACUUUUUGAACAGCCUCUUGUUCCAGCUGUUAGUGCUGAAGAUGGGCAAUGGCUGGUCACCAAACCUUUUGCACUUGUAUGCAAGCCUGGUGGUCACGGCGUAAUAUGGAAACUUGCCUAUGAUAAAGGUGUUUUCAAGUGGUUUUAUGGUCACGGAAGAAAAGGUGCAACUAUCCGACAAGCGAGUAAUGUAGUGGCUGCCACAGAUGUGACCCUUUUGGCAUUGGCAGGGAUUGGUUUGCACCAUGGUAAGAAACUGGGGUUUGCAUCAUGUAAGAGGAACUCAGGGGCUACAGAAGGAGUUAAUGUUCUAAUUGAGAAGAAAAAUAUUGAUGGGAGGUGGUCAUACGGUUUGUCGUGCAUUGAGUACACAGAGUUUGACAAGUUUGGGAUAGCAGAUGAAACUCUUUAUCCUAAUGGUUUGCAGGCAGAGUUUCCUGCCAAUACGAACGUCCUGUAUGUGGAUCUACCUUCUGCAGAAUUGGUUGGAUCAAGUAAUAAUGGAAACAGCUUACCAGGCAUGGUGCUUAAUGUGAAAAAACCAAUUGAGUUUGCAGACUAUUUUGGAAAACGACACAGUGUCUCUGGUGGCAGGCUGGAGUGCACAAUGCAAAAUAUUGCUGAUAACUUUUUUAACACUUGUUCAUCUCGAUGUUAUAAGGCCGUGGAAGCAGAUGAGCUGGAUACUUUUAUCGUGUUUAAUGAGAGGAGAAGGGUUACUUCAUCUGCUAAGAAGAAAAGAAGACAUACAGACAAAUCUUUACACCAGACUCCUGAUGGUUCACUGUUGGAUAUCUUAAGAAAUGCUCGUGAUCUUCUUUCUCAAUGCAACAUUAAACUACCUGAGAUUGAAGAUAAUAGCAAAUAUCUUGAUUCUGCACCACCAUUUCUUAUUCUUCUACACCCUGCUCUUGGCCCUCUUUGGGAGGUCGCCAGGCAAAAAUUCCAUGAAGGUUCCAUAUCCAAGGGCUCUGAAUUACAAGUAGAAGUUUCAGAAUUCCUGUGGAGCAAUGUUCAGCUUGAUGGAAGUCUGAUCAUAGAGAAUGACAGUGUUAUGGGCUCAACUAAGAUAGAUGAUACUGGAGAACAUAUUCUAAAAUAUGGACACAGGUGUGGAAGGUGUAGAUUACAGAAUGUCAAAGUACUGAAUGAGGGAAUUGACUGGAAUCAUGGGGACAAUGUAUACUGGAAGCAUGAUGUACAACGUUUGGAGGCAUGCAAGAUCAUAUUGCAUGGAAAUGCUGAAUUUGAGGCAUCCAAUGUUACCUUACAGGGAAAUCAUACAUUUGAAGUUCCAAGUGGGUACAAAUUGAAGAUCAGCCCACAAAAUUCAGGUAUAGCAGUGGAAUUAGUCCCUAUUGAACAAAAUAUGAUGGACAGUGGGAGCUGGUACUGGAAAUACAAGAUAAAAGGCUUGCACAUUGAAUUGGAAUUGGUAGAGUUUUAAGCAGUUAACCAUAACUCACAACCUCACCAGACAUGAAUCCUAGUUCAUUGAUGGUGUGUAUCUCACCUCUUAUUCUCGAGCUCUUUUGAGUUGAUUUGGUUGAACAUAAGUUGAACCAUGUUCGAGUUAAUUCGAGUCAAAAAAAUUUUUGGCUCAAUCCAGCUGCUGCUUAUCUUUCUUGUCUUUUUCCUUUUAUUUAUUUAUUUUUAAAAUCGGUAGUAGGGAGAAAUUGGGAAAACGGGUUGGAGCAGCUAAUGUAACUUGUAUAAAAGAAGAGUUCGAGCAAUAAAAUAUGUCCCAUUUUUUUAAUUUUUAAUAGAGAA